UCUUCAGGAACAACAACUAUUUCAACCACCUCGGUAGCUUGCUAGCCAACAUAAAACUGAAACAUUCAGGAUUUAAAUAUGUUAAUGUUCAUUAGCUGAUCUCAGUGUUUAAAAACAUUUCUGUUGACGUAUUAACUGGUUAACUUGAACCUAAUUUGCUUGUUCAAUUUGCAAACUUGUUAAAGAUUGAUACUGAGCCAAGCCGCUAAUGCUACCUAGCUAGCAAACUAGCUAACAUCCCUGACCAUGAGUUCACUAAACUACUAUUCCCUGCUAAAGAAGAUGGCUACUGGUUCAAUUUGCAAACUUGUUAAAUAUUGAUACUGAGCCUAGCACUAGGUUAUUCGCUAAUGCUAGCUAGCUAACUAACAUCACUGACCAUGAGCUCACUAAACUACUCCUCUGCUAAAAUAGAGGAUGUCUGCCGUACGGAGAAAAAAGCUUUGGCGCUGAACAUUGUCGUGAAAGAAGAAGAGGAGGAUAUUACAGUGAAAGGAGAGAAAGAACCUUUCAGAAUUAAAAAGGAGGAAGAGGAGGCUGUUAUAGUGAAGGACGAAGAGGAUGAUGUUAUAGGAAAAGAAGAGAAAGAACCGCUUAGAGAGGAAGAGGAUGCUUUCUCAACAAAGGUGAAGAAGGAAGACGUUUUGGGAGUGAAAGAGGAAGAGACAGAAUAUCAGAUUAACACCAGAGAGACACAUGACUAUGGUGGAUCCUCUGGGGAGCCUCAACAACAUCCUGAUGCUGACAAGACAGAGAAGAGUCUCUCAGAUCAGAACACCAGAUGGACAACGCUAGCCCUUCCUCCCUCCCGGAGUCCCCGUGUCGUGCCUCUCCCGGUAGCACCUUACUGCUGGGUAUGAAGAGGUUGUCUGUGCUGCUGGUGGACUGCAGGAAAAUAACAGGGCUGAGUGGAACUGUGAGAGGAGGAGAAGAGAAGAAAGGAUCAGAUUUGACACAUCAAAGAGGAAAACCAAAUUUGGAGGAACCAGAGACGUCCAAACCAGCAAGACGGCACCUCUGCUCCCAGAUUGGAAAGCGUCUUACCAAGCCAGGAAGCCUGAAAAGACAUGGGAGGACACACACUGGAGAGAAGCCACACCAUUGCGCCCAGUGUGGACAUAGUUUUAACCAGUUAAGAAGCCUGAAAGCUCAUGAGCGAAUACACACAGGGGAGAAGCCUUACAAAUGCUCAGACUGUGGGAAGACAUAUUACUCAUCAUGGUCACUUAAAGUUCAUGUGAGAACCCACACAGGAGAGAAGCCUUACCACUGCUCCCAGUGUGCAAAGAGUUUUAGCCAGUUAGGAUACCUGAAAGCUCAUGAGCGAAUACACACAGGGAGAAGCCUUACCACUGUUCCCAAUGUGGAAGUAGUUUUAGCCAGUUAGGAAACCUGAAAGUUCAUGAGCGAAUACACACAGGGGAGAAGUUUUACCACUGCUCCCAGUGUGGAAAGAGUUUUAGCCAGUCAGGAAGCCUGAAAACUCACCAGCGAAUACACACAGGGGAGAAACCUUACUACUGCUCCCACUGUGCAAAGAGUUUUGUCUAUUUAGGACAUCUGAAAGAACACAUGAGACUGCACACAGGGGAGAAGCCUUACCAAUGCUCUAACUGUGAGAAGACAUAUUACUCAUCACAGUCACUUAAAGUUCAUGUGAGAACCCACACAGGAGAGAAGCCUUACCACUGUUCCCAGUGUGCGAAGAGUUUUAGCCAGUUAGGACACCUGAAAGCCCAUGAGCGAAUACACACAGGGAAGAAGCCUGCUCCCGCUGUGCAAAGAAUUUUACCAAAUUAUGAAGCCUGAAAAAACACAUGAGACUGCGCACAGGGGAGAAACCUUACAAAUGGUCAGACUGUGGGAAGACAUAUUUCUCAUCACAGUUACUUAAUCAUCAUGUGAGAAUCCACACAGCACAGAAUAAUUACUUAUAGUGUGUAAAUUGAUAUUUCACAUCACAUUGACUUAAAAUUCAUCAGAGAACAUACACAGUGCUCCCGUUGUCUUAUAUUGUUGACUGACAAUGUGUUCUUGUUUA